UCCUUUGUAUUGCCAUUCACGUUCCUCUCUCCGCAACCGCAUACGGUUUCAAGGAUCGAGCACGUAUAAAAACUGCGAGCGUCUCGCUGGCAUCACUGUCUAAAAAUUGUUAUCUCGCUGUCGCUGGCAUGAUUUCGAGAUCUCCCAGUCUCUUGCAAAUCGAGGCCGCGGCGGCGGAUCAGGGGAUGAAGCCAAGAAUGCAGGCGUCCGGCGAGCUCGUGGGGCUCCGGCUGAUCAUACAGGCGUCGCCGAGGCAAUGCCAACACCGGCCGCCGCUGGCCGUCCUCAGGAGGUCGUCUGUGAGGUCAUCGCCGGCGUCGAGCGCGUCCAAAUGCCAGGAGAGUUUGGGCGGCCCGAGGUUCAUGGGGCUGGAGUUCCUGAAGCUCUGCCUCUGCUGCUGCAGGAAGAUCGACGGCGACAUGGACGUGUUCGUGUACAAGGGAGAGCAAGCGUUCUGCAGCGCCGAGUGCCGUUCCCAGCAUAUGGCGAGGGAGGAGAGGCGGGAGAUCGAGAUCCUCGUCAGGAAGCGCCGUGACGCGUUCCACAGCCGGCGUGCGGGGCCGGGCAAGACGACCGGAGGAUCGUCAGAUCGGCACGCCAGAGUGGAAAUCUCAAGCUUUUGCUAGUAGUUCCUUACCAUGCCUGCUUGCAGAGAAACCGAGGAGGGUAAACCAGGACAAAUUUGUAGUCCUAGAUUUUGGUAUCCACGUCGGUCGAUUUUAUUUAGUUCGUAUGGGUUUAGUUAAAGUUAAAUUUUUCAAAAUUUUGACCAUGAUUGUAGAGAAAAAAAAUACCAGUAUCCGUAAUACCAAAUACAUGUAAUCCGAAAAUUUAUUUAAUCAUGAUUUUAGUAUAAUAAAUUUUAUAUUAUAAUUU